GAUUAACUGAUUUGUAAAGGAGUCGCCAAAAUGAAGUGGUCGGUGGUUUUGUUGUUUGUGGGUGCAGCUGUAGCAGUGGCUGAAGAAGUAGUCCUAGCUAAAGACUGUGAUGUGGAACUGUGCAAGCUUCCUGACUGCAGAUGUUCAAGUACCAAUAUUCCUGGUGAUCUAUUGCCAAGAGAUACGCCACAGUUCGUCACAGUAACCUUUGACGAUGGCGUGAACAACUUGAACAUCAUGACCUACCGCGAAGUUCUCUACAAUCGUAAGAACUCUAACGGUUGCCCCGCCGGUGCCACCUUCUACGUAAGCCACGAGUACACUAACUAUCAGUUCGUCAAUGAGCUCUACAAUCAGGGUUAUGAGAUUGCCCUCCACUCCAUCAGCCAUCAGACACCACAGACCUACUGGGCCACCGCCAGUUAUAAUAGCUUGAAGGAGGAGUUUGCUGACCAAAGAGUACUAACAUCUCACUUUGCUAACAUUCCUAUGGAUGCCAUCAAGGGUGUCCGCCUCCCAUUCCUGCAAAUGUCUGGCGACACCAGCUUCCAAGUUAUGUCUGACUUCGGCCUGGUUUACGACUGUUCCUGGAUCACCAACAACUACUCUGACCCUGCUCUUUGGCCAUACACCCUAGAGUACAAAUCAACCCAGGACUGCGUAGUGCCUCCAUGCCCAACUGCCUCCAUCCCUAAGACUUGGGUAAUGCCCAUGGUCUCAUGGACUGACUUGAACCACACCAAGUGCGCAAUGGCCGAUACUUGCUACUACACUCCUGAACUCGAUGAUGAAGCCGGCUGGUUCCAGUUCAUCCUCUCAAACUUCGAACGUCACUACUUCAGCAACCGAGCUCCUUUCGGCUUCUACAUCCACGAGUGGUACCUCUCCACCAACCCAGCUGUCAAGGCUGCCAUGAUAAGGUUCUUGGAUGUCAUCAACAACUUGAGUGAUGUUUUCAUGGUAAACUCCGCCGAAGUCAUCGAUUGGGUAAAGGACCCAGUUCCCGUUGACCAGUACAGAGAAAAGACCUGCAAAUCAUGGAUCUCAUCUGUCUGUCCUCCUAGCAGCUGCGGAAAUGUACCCGCUACGCACAACCAAAACACCUACUGGAUGCAGAUUUGCAACGUGUGCCCGAAGGUAUACCCUUGGCUAGGCAAUCCUCUUGGACUGGAGCCUGUAACUGAAGCACCUGAAGCUUUAUAAUUAAUUAAUUAUUUAUUUAACUUAUUAUAGAGUACAAAUACUUUUUUUAUUGCAAUAAAAACAAUCAC